UAUAUUAUACAGUUGGAAAAUAAAUCAAACAAAAGCUAUUAACACAAUGUGGAAAUGUGUGAUGGUGAUAUUUAUUUGACAGUUGUUGUUGUUGUUGUAUAAUGUUUUGUCUACAUAAUGUUAUUUGCUAAUCCUGUAAAGUGUCGUUAAAUAUAUCUUGAAUACAUUUCAUUAAACUGAAGCGUGUAGCUUGCAAUCACGACGUGCAUUCAGAACCUUUUAAUUUGAACAAUAAAAUACACAAAUUGAAUUAUUUUGUGUCCGUGUUCUGAGGAGAAUGUCCAUCAUUAAUUCAAAUCCAGUGAAUUGUCUUCACUUGGAAUCGUUGUUUGUUUCUAAAGAACAAAUCAAUAAUUGGCAUCUUACUGGGCAACUCAAAGCCAAUCAGGGAAUUUUGGAAUGAAAUGGAUAACAACUAUAAGAGGUCAAAAAGGUUAUUUCUUAUACAAUAAUAUUACACACGUAUGUUAUUAAACUAAGGCAAACAGCUUAUAGGAGAAACGCUGGAUCAGCUCCUCAAGAACAAAUGAUGUGUUUGUAGCUUUAUAUUUCUGAUCAACAGGAGAAUUUCAAUACAUCAUAUUUGCAUAAAACAAGAAUAUCUAUUGCUCAAAUGGUAAAUUCUGUUUUAACCACGAGUCAUAUUGGAGUUUAUACUGUUUGGAUAUGAUACACAGGUUGAGAUUAUUGUAAAAGCCUAAAAGGUGAUUUAAAUAUAGGUCAAUGACGUAAUGCAAAGGUGCAAUAUGGGUCUAUAGGGUUGUUUUUAUAAAUCCAUGGCUCCCAACUCGCUGAGAGAAGACGCAGUUGAUUAUGUGAGGUUGGAGCCGUGAAGGAAAUCAUGCAGUGGGUUCACUGGGUUCACUUCACAUGAUCUGCUGCUGGUUGUGUGUCUAUAGGCGGAGUAGUUUCCCAGCAGAGAGCGCACAGCGGCGCCCCACCACCGCCUUUGCGUCAGUCUGUGGCUCCAUCCACAACAUCAGCCUUCGCAGCAUCCGCGUCUCACGGCCAGGAGGACCAGUAGCACAUCCUCAUCCCAGCAUCCAUUCCACAACUGCCUCCAUCGCCUGCGCACCGCCUGCACCGGGCGUGCUCCUCCACCUCUGGCUUUCUCCUUCUCGAUUUCUGCCUCGACUCGGAUUACACCCUUUGUGGCUUUUCAUUUCUCCGACAUGGUUUUUCAGUUUUAACCAUAAGGAAACACCUCGCACCAGGCUGGAGAUCUGCAGCGUCCAUCUGGAGUCGACACAAAGAGCCGAGCUGCAGCAGAGCCGGUUUCUGUGGAGGUGAUCGUUAUCCCCUCAGAGAGGAGCUCAGAGGACAUCUCCCUCAAGGCUUUAGAUGCCCAGCGGCCGCCUGUAGCCCGGGACCCUCGUCUCCCAGAAGCUCUGAGACCCUCAGCAUCUCCCCCUGGCAGACGCUCAUCUGACCCAGAGCGGCUAAAGCCCCUGGAAGCCCCCCCGCAGUCACAAUGGGAACCGUGCUGUCUUUGUCCCCCAGCUACCGGAAGGCGGCCCUCUUCGAGGACGGGUCGGCCACCGUGGGUCACUACACGGCGGUCCAGAACAGCAAGAAUGCCAAAGACAAGAACCUGAAGCGCCACUCGCUCAUCAACGUGCUGCCCUGGAAGCGGAUUGUAGCCGUGUCGGCCAAGAAGAAAGGCUCCAAGAAGGUGCAGCCCAACGGCACCAACCAGAACAAUGUCUCCCAGCUGAACAAUGAGAACCUGAAGAAGUCACAGUCCUGUGCAAACCUCUCCACCUUCACCCAGGAUCAGACCACUCCGGCAGUCACCAAGAACUCCAACAACACGGUGUCGUCCGUGAAGAAGGCUCCUCUGACCAACUCCAACGUGGUCCCCGGGACCCCGAAGAGGGUGAUCGUCCAGGCCUCCACCAGCGAGCUGCUGCGCUGCCUCGGGGAGUUUCUGUGCCGGCGCUGUUACCGGCUGAAGCACCUGUCGCCCACCGACCCGGUGCUGUGGCUGCGCAGCGUGGACCGCUCCCUGCUGCUCCAGGGCUGGCAGGACCAGGGAUUCAUCACCCCGGCCAACGUGGUCUUCGUCUACAUGCUGUGCCGCGACGUGGUCUCCUCCGAGGUGGCCACGGAGCACGAGCUGCAGGCCGUGCUCCUCACCUGCCUCUACCUGUCCUACUCCUACAUGGGCAACGAGAUCUCCUACCCGCUCAAGCCCUUCCUGGUGGAGAGCUCCAAGGAGACCUUCUGGGACCGCUGCCUCUCCAUCAUCAACCUGAUGAGCGCCAAGAUGCUCCAGAUCAACUCGGACCCGCACUACUUCACUCAGGUGUUCGCUGACCUGAAGAACGAGAGCCAGAAAGAGGAGGAGAGGAGCCGCCUGCUCAUCGGCCUGGACCGGUGA